CGGUAAGAGUGGAGCUAAAUCUCAGAACUUUCUCGGCCAAGGGUGCUACCGCUAGUGGUUGAGUGCUGUAGUGUUUCUAAAAAAGUGUAGUUUCCGGAUGUUUAGUGAAGUUUGAUUGGAGUGAAAUUUUGCGCACAUUGUGUGUGAUUAUUGGGAAUGAGGCAGAUUAGUUUAUUGGUUUAUUGUUUUCUCGCCAUCUCGGGAACCGCGGCUACCGAAUCACGUCAGCAGCUUCGCUCUGAACUUGUGUAUCAUGAGAGAAACCAUAAAGAGGGACGAUACAAGUAUGGGUAUGCCGUGAGGCGAGGCGAGAGCCAGUUCCAUCACCAGAGAUCGCUGGAUGGGGCAAUGUAUGGAUGCUAUGGUUACGUGGACCCUAAGGGAAAGCUCUUCAUCACGCACUACCUGGCCGAUAUGGCAGGCUAUCAGUUAGUCAAUAUGGCGAGCCCUGAUAAAAAAUUGAUUGAAAAGAUUCAGAAUCGAAGCUCCCCGGAACAUCCCAUCGACCUGCACGAUCUCUUCCCGCUGGAGUGUCACGAAGAUGGCGACAUCAAAAUGCUCCAGCAAACGGCGAACGAGAUGCAAGCCUACUUCUCCAGCCAGGAAGCGCCAUCGACUCCAGAAAGUAGACAAGCCCCGCCACCUGUCCAUCGUCCCGAUAUCGGUAAACCGGUUGAUGGUAAUCAUGUUUCCGAGGGCGAUUCCACCAAAGAUCAGCUCUACGCGGCAUCUGAUUGGCAUCCAUCUCCACGGAAAGCCUUCAGGGCAUCCGUACGGGGUGAUUCUGAGGAUAAAACGAACACAAGGGUGCAAGGUGCGUCCCAUGUAGCCAGGGGGAACGGACGCUAUCAGCCAAACUAUAUCAGAUCUUCACCUAGCAAAAGUACAGAAACAACUGUGUCCGGGCUCAAUGAAAAUCUGAUGAAAUCCAGUACUACAAAUACUGUCGCUCAAAAUUCAGGAGAUGUGAUUGCUGAGAAGACUAAUAAACAGGAUGUUGCCGAUUCUGUACGAAGAACGACACUGGGAGGAAGUAAAAAUGACAAUAUGGAUGCCCAAGUUUUGCUUACCAAGGGCAAGAGCACAGAAGGAACUGUGUAUGUGGUCAAUGAAAAUCAGAAAUCUAGUACUACAAAUACUGUCGCUCAAAAUUCAGGGGAUGCGAUUUUGAUUCCUGAGAAGACUGAUGAACACCAUGUUGUCGAUGCUGUGCAAAGUAAGACACUGGGAGGAAGUAAAAAUUACAAUAAGGAUGCCCAAAUUUUGCCUACCAAGAGCAAGAGCACAGAAGGAACUAUGUCUAUGGUCAAUGAAAAUGUGGUGAAAUCUAGUACUAUAAAUACUGUCGCUCAAAAUUCAGGGGAUGAUCUGAUGAAAUCUAGUACUAUAAAUACUGUCGCUCAAAAUUCAGGGGAUGCGUUUGUGAUUCCUGAGAUGACUGAUAAGCAAGAAGUUGUCCAUGAUGUCCAAAGUACGUCAUUGGGAGGAAGAAAAAAUGACAAUAUGGAUGCGCAAAUUUUGCGUACCAAAACUGCAUCUGAAUCGAAGAAAUACGAGUCACCACAAGUAUUUGUAGAAAAACCUGACGAGAGCCAAAUUAAUCUCGAUGGUGGCGAAAAGCUAGAAGAGAUUUCAAAAGUUCAAAACAUUCCAGUGCCAAUAAUGAUGGAUGUCAUCAAUUCUGAAUCUUCCAACGAUCAAGACUUGUCAUCUAGCAGUAUUAAGGAUGAAGAUCACAUUGAGCAGAUAACUGAGAAGGCUGAUUCUGGCCUAUCUGUAUUGAUAGUACAAACAAUCAACAAUUUGCAGGAAAAACAUGUUCCUGCUGUUGAAUUAGCUGGAGAUGAACAAGAACCAACGCUUUCAAUCGAAGUGACAGCUGAUGCGGUCCAACGUUCGGAUGAUCAAACCGCAGAUGUGGCGGAAUCCGGCAACGAAGUUAAAGCGACUACGCAAGGUGUUGACGAGAAUGCGACCGAGCAAACAAUUAAAAAAGACGAUUCAAUGUCUGAGAUAUUAACAGUUAGUAAAACUGAUCAAUUGGAUGCAAGUACCAUAGGUAUCACUGAGACUGACGAAAUAGAAUCACCUCUAAAGAACCUUGAACAAAGUGUAACUGAACACGGAAUUGAAGCCGAUUCUAUACAUGAGGACCUACUUAAAUCUAUCCCGGAGAUAUCGGAGCAAGCAGGAGUGGCGAUGGUUGAAAGUCAACUACCCAUUGAACAAAAGUUAGAGGAAGACACACCUGCCCUCGAAGUAACUACGGUGAAUAUAAAUUCAAGUCCGGUUCUUCCCCCCUCUGGAGUCAUCGGGGUUAGGGAUGAGGUAAAGAUCACUCCGCCACCGAGUACUGAGACUUCAUCAAAACCUUCAUUCGAGAUUGUGAAAAGUAUUCUCGUUUACGAGUACACUGAGGAUGGAGACUUCACUUUCACGGAUCCCACAAAGUCCAGUGUGAAUGGAGAGGAGAAGGUCACCGAAUCUGCACAACAAACGACUUCCCAGAUACCAGACAAGGUACGGUCCGUUGUGGUAAUUAGUAAUCCAGCACCAGAAACAAAAGAUAAUGCGGAAUCCGUUGGAGAAAGGAGGGAGAGUGUCACAGAAAUUUUGCACCCAAAGGUCGCUGUUUCGUCAAAUGGGACUGUUCAGGGGACACAUAUAGAAUCCGGUGCGAUCUUCGGACUUCCUAAACCUGAUCAUAUGGAGAGCUUUGGAGAAAGGAAGGAUUCGGUCGUUGAAAAUUUGCAUUCCAAGACUGUUAUGGCAUCAAAUGCCAUCGUUAGGGAAGCUCUUGCUCAUUCUAUCGCGAAGUUUGAUCGUACAGAGCUCCUCGGAGAAAAGAGGGAGUCGGGUGGCGCUGAGAUUCUGCAUACAAAGAUCCCUAUGUUAUUGAAUGGAGUUGGGCUGGGUACAAUUACCGAAUCAAGCGCGAGCUUCAAACUUCCAAAGUCUGAUAGUACGGAGUCCGCUGGAGAGAGGAGGGAGUCUGUCUCAAUGGCCCCUUUGGCAGCAAACAAUAUUGUGCUAGGAUCCAUAGCCAUCUCCGGGUCUGAACAUAAACCAUUACCCGUUGUUAGCUUGCCCGCUUUCCGAGUACCGAACCCAGUUCAAAAGAUUGCAGACAACUCAUCUCCGAAACGAGCUGAUAAACCAUUCUUUAAUCGCCACCCGAUAGGCGAGGCCAAAGUGACUGUCACGCAGAGCUCUAUGCUGACUGAGAAACAAACGAAAGCUUCUGUCGAUUCCGGUAAAACUCGAAAGGGUUCGGUUAGCCGUGGUCGGGUAAGGUAUGCAGACUACGCGAAUGGUCAGAAAAAAGCAACGACAGGGGACGAUAGUAAGAGCGUAACACGCGGAGAGGUACGUAGGACCAAAGUUCAAGAUGCUACGAUCAGCAAAGCAAAGGAGGAACAGCCCAAAGCUGUUGCUCAGAGGGUCGAAGUGAAUAAAUGGCAAAAUACGGGAAUUCAUAUUGGUCAAAUCAGUAAUCUAGUAGCGAAGGGGGAACAUGGUUCAGCACCCAAAGAACUACCCAAGACUGAUAUCCAAAAGGUUGAGAAGAACAUAGUAGCGGAAGAGACUGAGGUCAAAGUGAUUAGUGGGGAAAUUGGUAAGAAUGAAAUCGAUAGUGAUUCAAUAAGACAAACUACAGAAGCGAAAGAACACGAAACAGUUCGUCAAGAUCUGCCUCAGACCGAUGAGAUGACUAAAACUGUAGAAGGGAACGACAAUAAAGUAAUAACAACUGAAAACCUGUUAAAAACUAAUGAACAGGAAGAAGAAAUCAUCGAAGCGAUGGAAAAGGUACAGAAUGAACCGCAGAUCAGUACGUCGCAAGUCAAAUCUGAAUCAGUUAACAGACCGGAGUCUGGCGAAACAGUUGUUUCGGGUAGCCGGAGGAUCGAUAUCAGAAAAGGCGAUUUCAGAGAUUAUUUCGUACGCAAACAGGAGGUUUCGGUGAUCACAGAUGCGUUCAAAGCGAGUCAACUGGAAGCUGACAGUUCUGGAGCUCACAAUGAUUCUCUCGAAAGAGCAGAAACUGACCGAAGCCAUCUUGUUGAAUUCGCGAAGACUUCCCUAGGACCGAACACAGUAGAAACAUCGUCUGGUGUCACCAAAUUGGGCACAAUUGUUGUUCCUGAAGAAUAUAGCUUAGCAUCUUCGGUUGUUGUCAAUGAGGUAAAAAACAAUGACGAAACAAAGGAAAGUGUGACAGAACCUUCUAAAAACGAUCUGCAUUCUGAACCUGCACCUGGAACUGAAAAUCGUCCGGUACCUGUUAAGAUCCCAGAAUACGUAAUCGGAGCUACAGUUGGGAAGAAAUUGACUCUGCAGGAUGAAAGCUCAAAUCUUUUGACAAAUCAGGGAAAGGGCACAUUCAAAAAGCUUGCGAUUGAAAGCGAUUCUGUCAAGUCACCUAUACGCCUCGUCAUCCCUCUGAUCAACCAUCAAGACUCGUCCCCACAAGGCAUACGUAAGUCGAGCAAAUUAGAAAAUACCAAACUAGGAACCGCCGAAAAGGUACAGUCCGCAAAUGCAGGUGACUCAAUGAUAACAAGAAUCGUUACGCUUUCGAAAACUCCAUAUCCGCAAGGCAGUGAAACGAUUGCAGAUGAUAUCCAAAAUGAUCAACGAGCAAUGAGUCCGAAGUUGCCGGCGACUCCUCGAACUACGACGGAGAGUGACGCAGAGCCCACCACCGUAAACUAUCAACUAGCUAUCGCAACGGAUAGGAUUCCGGUGACUCCCCACCCAGCAACCCUAGUGCGUCCGGUCACCUCAGGUUACUUACUGCAAGCUACCACCCCGGAGAUACCGAGCAACCGUGCGGGAACAACUAUCGGACCCAACGGUGACAUUUACGACGAGGUUGAGGAAGACAAUGAAACAGAAAGUAGACCUGCCGCAUCAUCGAGCACUUCAACCACACCAUUUCCACCCCUGCUGGGGAUCGGUCCGGGUGUAACCAUUCAACCAUCGGCGUCCUGCUAUGAGAUAACUCUCAACAUUCCCAUCGAUGCCAAACAAGUACUCAUCCGAACCGAUUCCGCAAUGUUCCAGGUGGCCGGCGAUGGGGAUCCAAAGGAACGAAUCAAACUGAUCGAACCAGGGGUUUACGAGGUUAAUGUUGGCGCCACCAGUGCUAUUAAUUUUAAGCAGUAUCAAGGUGCUUACCGGAAGCCAUUACACGCUGAUCCCAUCAACACUCCUGUACCAACCAGAAGUACCGACUCCGAAGACGACGAAACAUUUUCGAAAAACCAGCAGGCACUGUUGGAUCUGAUACCGACGUGGAAAAAAGUGCUCUUUUAUUACUGAUUCUCUUUCAUCAAACCUACGAUGAUAAUCUUCCCCGGUGGAAGAUUGCGAACGAUUUGCUAAUGGAAGCGAAGCUACGACAACUGCUCAAAAGUACAGUCAUCGAAUACAUUUGAUUAGCAUACUAAUAAGGUAGAUUACUGCUGCGUGUAUGAGAAUGUUUGUGAGGUCGCG